CUGCAGUCGGGCUGGACGCAGGAUUGGGAGGAAGGCGGUUCCGAUGAGUUUUAGCACCUUCCUUGUUACUCGACCAAACACACGCACCCGAGACCAGCAUAUCAGGACGGGCAGAUGAGGCCACUGCGAACCUUCCCAUUUCCACUGAAUGUUGGGACCGAUAUUUGCCAGAUAUCGCGCAUCUAUCGCAUCCUCUCCGGCACACGUGCCAGGCGCUUCGUGAAUCGCAUCCUCGCUCCCGAGGAGCUAGCUUGCAACGAUGCGCGCCUGCAUGUCUUGACCCGCGCGUCAAAGGUGCUGAGUGAUGGCAAACCGGCCGGGGCAUCGUCUAUAGUGGCAACCUUGAAAGAAGGGCAGCAGCUGCAUGAGGAGUUGGCGGCACGGGACCCUGAUCUCUGGAAGUGCUCGGCGUUCAUCGCAGGGAGGUUCGCUGCAAAAGAGGCAGCCAUAAAGGCUCACUCGCACAGACAGCUGACGUUCCACGACGUGGUCAUUGAGCGGCGAGCAGUAGAGGGGGAGCGACUGGGGAGCGGGCCACCAGUGGCGAGGAUUAAAAGCUCCCAGGAGAGUGAUGAGGCGGAUGACAGUGCGAUGGUAUCUAUUAGCCAUGAUGGAGAUUAUGCUACGGCAGUGUGUUUAGGCCAUGACCCCGACCUGAAUCGUGAAAAGGUCAUGUGAUAAAAAAUACACAGGGUUGAGGAAGGAAG